GGCCGCGCGAGCGCGGGCGGGGCGGACGCGUCCCGGGCCGCGCGGGAAGAAGGACUAAAAUGGAUGCUAAAAAGCCAAGGAAAUGCAGUUUGACAUCCUUCCCAAGUUUGAAAGCAAAAAAGAAACAGAAUCUCAGCCCUGGAAAGGAUAAUCAAAGUCAUAAUCAGAUGCCAGCCUCUGAACUCAAGGCUUCUGAAUUGCCUUUCCAUUCAAGCAUUAAAACCAAAGAUCCCAAGCCAGAGGAGAAACCACCAAGAAAGCACAAGGUGCCUCUCACUGCAGCAGAGGCCUUAAAGUGUUUUAAGAACCAGCUAUCUUCGUAUGAGCAAAGUGAAAUCCUGGGCUACACAGAGCUGUGGUUCCUGGGGCUUGAAGCAGAGAAGCUCCACAUGACUCCUGAGAAGUUCAGCAAAAUGAGUUUCGAUGAUGAACAUGGCUCCUAUAUGAAGGUCCUGCAUGACCACAUUGCCUAUCGCUAUGAGGUUUUGGAGAUGAUCGGGAAAGGGUCCUUUGGACAGGUGGCCAAGUGCUUGGAUCACAAAAACAAUGAGUUGGUGGCCUUGAAAAUCAUCAGGAACAAGAAGAGAUUUCACCACCAAGCCCUGGUGGAAUUGAAGAUCCUGGAAGCUCUCAGAAGGAAGGACAAAGACAACACCUACAAUGUGGUACACAUGAAGGACUUCUUCUAUUUUCGAAAUCAUCUCUGCAUCACCUUUGAACUCCUGGGAAUCAACUUGUAUGAGUUGAUGAAGAAUAAUAGCUUUCAAGGCUUCAGUCUGUCAAUAGUUCGACGCUUCACCCUCUCUGUUUUGAAGUGUUUGCAAAUGCUUUAUGUAGAGAAAAUCAUUCACUGUGAUCUCAAGCCCGAGAAUAUAGUUUUAUAUCAAAAGGGCCAAGUUUCUGUUAAAGUCAUUGACUUUGGAUCAAGCUGUUAUGAACACCAGAAAGUAUACACUUACAUCCAAAGCCGGUUCUAUAGAUCCCCAGAGGUGAUUCUGGGCCAUCCCUACAACAUGGCCAUUGAUAUGUGGAGCCUGGGCUGCAUCAUGGCUGAGUUGUACACAGGCUACCCUCUGUUCCCUGGGGAGAAUGAAAUGGAGCAGCUGGCCUGCAUCAUGGAGGUGCUGGGCCUGCCACCAACCCACUUCAUUCAGACGGCCUCCAGGAGACAGACAUUCUUUGAUUCCAAAGGUUUUCCUAAAAAUAUGACCAACAACAGGGGGAAAAAAAGAUACCCGGAUUCCAAGGAUCUCACGAUGGUGCUGAAAACCUAUGACACCAGCUUCCUGGACUUUCUCAGAAGGUGUUUGGUAUGGGAACCUUCUCUUCGCAUGACCCCUGACCAGGCCCUCAAGCAUGCUUGGAUUCAUGAGCCACGGAAUCUCAAACCACGGUACAGGCCCCAGACCCUGAGGAAACCCAGUCUCUGUCUCCCCUCUGAGGCUCAGAAGGACAAGGUUCAAGGGCAUCAUCGCUUGGGCAUAAAAGAGGUGAUCAUCAAAGAAGAGACAAGCAGUGUCACUGCUAAGCAGGUUCAGAAUUCGGGUGAUCAGUGGAGCUCUCUGCAGCAUGCAGCUGAAGUUGUCCAGCUGCCUCAACUAACAGAAACUUCCAGAAAGCCAGAGGCAGUUGUUGGACCAGAGGAGUCCAAGACCUCCCCAGGAAAACAAAGUAAAAACUCCUCACCCAAGAACAUGAAUAUUUUACCACCUAUUGUAUGACCUUUGCUGAAGGUGUGUCAUGUUCCUUUCCACCAGUGAUUUGUAUUAGAGACAGCACUUAUAUUGUACAAUAUUUCAGAUUGUUGUUUUUUAAUGCAUAAAGGUUUGUUUAAAAAAAACUCUAUUCACAUAGCUAGUUAGCAUGAUUCCUAUUAUGAGGGAUGGGAGAAUGUUCUUGCACCUACACUCCCUCCUUAUGCCCUCAACCAGAUGAAAUGAUAUGUGUGUAUGUACUUAAUGUUAUAGCAUCACUGAUAGAACUUUAAAUAUUUUUUUUCUUUCCCCCAAGACAGCUAAUCUGUUAGGAUUCUUGUUUGAAAAUGAAAAUGAAAAACUAGUUUGAAUUCAGUUUGUUGCUUCUAGUUUAAGCAACAGAGAACAUUAUUUGGUUUAUAUAAUUGGGGAAUCAGGAGGAGUAGGUAUAAUUUCAAGCAUUGUAGUCUAAACAUUCAGACAAGGUCAUAGGGCUCAGAAUCCCUCUACUUAUCAGCAUUGCUUCUUUUUGUGGUUUUUAUUCUAAAGACAAGCUCUUCCCAGAAGUUAAAGUGACCACCAUAAUCCAGUCAAAAGAUGCAGUGCUUGCAGGAAAGUCUCAGAAAUGACUGGACUCCAUGGUAGCACCUAACUGAUGCUCGUCUAGGACCAUGGAGUAGAGGAGAGUAUUUCUCAAAGGAAGGGAAGUUGAAUAAACAACAGGAUAUAUUCACUCAUCCACCAUCCUCAAAAUCUCCUUUGUUUGGCUUUCUAGUCCUUGUCUAUAUGAUUGUAAUUAUAAAAC